AUGGAGACGGCACCGUCACAUCGUGGUAGGGGCAAAGGCAAGAUUGCGACGCCAGAGGCUGAGGCCUACGUCAGUGAGCACUGCAAGCUGCACCCGGUGCUCGAGAAACUUAUAGCUCCUGCGCAGCUGACACUCUACCAAGUCCUACUGAAGGCAACCCGUGCCAAGAAGUACCUGGAAGUGGGUGUGUUCACUGGCUGCAGCGCACUGUCUGCGGCCCUGGCGCUUCCUCCCGACGGUAUCGUACGGGGCCUCGACAUCGAUCAAGAGGCCGCCGACGUCGGGAGGCCAUUCUGGAAAGAGGUGCGAUUCACACCUGGCUCGGUGCCUUGCUGGAGUCGAGAAAAAGAUUGA